UGAAGUUAAAUAAGCGCAUUAGCACAUGCGCAGAUGUGAGUUUCCGGUGCAGGCACAGCAAGAUUAGUAGCAGACAGCUAAGGAAUAUACGCGAAAUGGCUGCACUUGCUUCCUUGUCAUCUAAAGUGGCGCAGAAGUACGCCUUACAAAGUUUGUUGGGCACCACACCCAAAUGUCUUUCUGCAAAACGAGAUUUCCAUUUUCGUAUUCAGGGAAGAAAUACUAACGCAAAAGUUUCAUCUUCAUCCUCAGUGUCCCGUGACUAUCCUGUGGUUGAUCACACCUAUGAUGCAGUGGUGGUCGGAGCCGGUGGAGCAGGCCUUCGAGCUGCAUUUGGUCUGGCUCAGGAAGGGUUCAAAACUGCCUGCAUUACUAAAUUAUUUCCCACAAGAUCACACACUGUGGCAGCACAGGGAGGGAUCAAUGCAGCCCUAGGCAAUAUGGAAGAAGAUGACUGGCGCUACCAUUUCUAUGACACUGUAAAAGGUUCAGAUUGGCUGGGUGACCAAGAUGCCAUCCAUUACAUGUGUGAGGAAGCACCCAAGUCAGUCAUUGAGCUUGAGAACUAUGGCAUGCCAUUUAGUCGCCUGGAAAAUGGCAAUAUCUACCAACGAGCCUUUGGUGGACAGAGCACCAAGUAUGGUAAAGGAGGCCAAGCCCAUCGCUGCUGCUGUGUUGCUGACCGCACUGGUCACUCCCUUCUUCAUACUUUAUAUGGUCGUUCGCUGAAGUUUGACACAGACUACUUUAUUGAAUACUUUGCACUGGAUCUUAUCAUGGAAGAUGGAGAGUGUUGUGGAGUGAUUGCUCUUUGCUUAGAAGAUGGUUCAAUUCACCGUUUCCGUGCCAAGAACACCAUCGUUGCCACUGGUGGUUAUGGCCGUACCUUCUUCUCCUGCACUUCAGCCCACACCUGUACCGGGGAUGGGACAGCCAUGUUGAACCGUGCUGGACUGGCAAAUGAAGACAUGGAGUUUAUCCAGUUCCACCCUACGGGCAUUUAUGGAGCAGGCUGCCUUAUCACAGAAGGCUCUCGUGGAGAAGGUGGUUUCCUCAUUAACUCAGAGGGAGAGCGUUUCAUGGAGCGGUAUGCACCUAAUGCAAAGGACUUGGCUUCUCGUGAUGUUGUUUCUCGCUCAAUGACCAUUGAGAUUCGUGAAGGGAGAGGUGUAGGCCCAGAGAAGGACCAUGUAUAUCUACAGCUCCAUCAUCUGCCCCCUGAAAUAUUAAAGACUCGUCUGCCAGGAAUCUCAGAGACAGCAAUGAUCUUUUCCGGUGUGGAUGUGACACGCGAACCAAUUCCAGUGCUGCCCACAGUCCACUACAACAUGGGAGGUAUCCCCACCAAUUAUAAGGGUCAGGUCUUGCAGUACACAAAAGAAAAAGGAGAUAGAAUUGUACCAGGGCUUUAUGCAGCAGGGGAGGCAGCCUGUGCUUCAGUUCAUGGAGCUAAUCGUCUGGGUGCCAACUCUUUGCUUGACUUGGUUGUCUUUGGUCGUGCCUGUGCUAACACAAUUAUGGCGGAGAAUAAGCCAGGUGACACUGCUAGACCAAUUAAGCAGAACGCUGGUGAAGCAUCAGUGGCUAAUCUAGAUCGUCUUCGCCAUGCAAACGGCAGCAUAACCACUGCUGAUCUAAGACUGUUAAUGCAGAAGACAAUGCAAGCCCAUGCUGCAGUGUUCCGUGAUGGACCAACCCUGCAGGCAGGAUGCAAAAAGAUGUCUGAGGUCUACAAGGGCUUGGAUAAUCUCAAGCUUUCAGAUCGUGGCCUUAUCUGGAAUUCUGACCUAGUGGAAAGCCUUGAGCUGCAGAACUUGAUGAUUAAUGCGAUACAAGCUAUCUAUGCAGCAGAGGCAAGGAAAGAGAGUCGUGGUGCACAUGCCAGAGAAGAUUUCCCUAAACGUAUUGAUGAGUAUGACUACAGCAAACCCCUUGAGGGUCAAAAGAAGCUGCCAAUGGAACAGCACUGGCGCAAGCACACUUUGUCUUACGUGGACCCAGCCACCGGGAAUGUAACCCUGAACUACAGACCUGUUAUUGAUGGCACUCUGAAUGAAAAGGAUUGCCCCCAGGUCAAGCCAGCCAUUCGUGCAUACUAGAUUGAAGUGCACAUAGGUUGAAUGUGGUACCAGAGAUUUGAACAAGUGCGCUAUACCUCAACAAGAUUUUCUCACAAACCAUCAUAGAUGUGAACAAAGAGCACUUCCAUCACUGCUCGUAAACAAAGGAGCUGUGUUUCCUUGGCAGUCUGCAUCAUAGUUUUAAGAUCGCAUAAAUACUCAGCAAUGUUGCUUGUGUAUAAUAUUGUUCUCUGGCCAGAAUAUAGGGCUGAAAUGCUAUUCACACAGGAAGGAAAAGUUUUUACAUUGAAAUGUUUUCCUUUGACUAAGUUGGGCUCCAGUGAUAGAGCAGCAACUUCCAUGCAUAAGUAUGUUAAUGACAUUAACAUCUUUGCUUUUCAUACACAUGUUGACAUUUUGUCAAUAGCUGGACAGUUUAAGAUCUUAUUUUUUUUGUUUGUUUGUUAAUGUUUCAUGCUCAAGUAUCUAGUAGUUUACAUAUGACGUACAUAGAAAGGUGUAGAGAGUGUGUGUCUUGCUUGAAAGUGGACAUAAAUGUUGCUAACGUUGGGACUUGAACAUGAGUGUUACUUAAUAUAUAAAAUAGCAGAUAUAUGUAGUGUACUUAGCUGAAAGGAGUUUUCUAAAUUCAUGGACAAGUGUUAUUCUAUCUGUAGAGAAAUUUUCUAUGUUGACUGGGUAUCUUCUUUCUCUACACUGUUAUUUACAAUCUGAUUUGUUCUUUCAAGUUUUUCUGCUGAGAAACAUUUUGUAUGAGUAUUUUCUUAAAAAUUUUAAAUGAAGGUGAAAAAAUGUAUUAGAAAUAUUAGAAGUAUGCUGCUGGGUUUACCUGGCGGACUGCCUGGGUAAUCAUCAUGUUAAUGAAUUGAGGUAAUCAGAAAUGUCCAAAAGAGAAAUGUUUUUUUUUUUUUUUCCAUCCUGGUGGCUUGGGAACAUGGACACUUCGCAGAACCAUAACAUUCUUAGGUUGUUUUUUUUUCUCAAUAAAUGUUUUCAAAUUGUAA